ACAAAACUAUGAUAAAAUUACAACAUUAGGGUCGAAAACCAGUCUCUCGUUUACUCACUCAUUUAAUUUAAAAUGUGUAACAAAACGUAACAGUGAUGAAUUUGUCAGCGAGACACUUGUGACAUUGACAUUUCUCGAAAGACUUCUUCGAGCACUGCGAACUGGCGAGUUAUUUGAUUCAGAAAUGAUUUCAUAAUAAUUUCAAGGAAAAACGUCAAUCAAAACUGCAUUAGAUAUACUUUUGAGGUCAGGAAAGGUUACGCAGAGUUUGGUAGUCAUGCUGGACGUGCUUAUAAGCGGUCGCCGCGAGGGCUGGCGGCUCAGUUCGAUCCAACCACCGAUGGAGGCUAGCAACGGAACACCAGUAGACGAGUUCGACUGGAGCGACAUGGACGCCUGCUAUGAAACAUUUGAUAAAGAUGGGGAUGGCAAGCUAAGCCUAGACGAGUUCCGUGUGAUCUGCAAGGCGCUAUUCCGCAACGACAAGGGUCAUAUUUACCCGCUGUCGGAGGAACGCGCUCGUCACAUCUUCCAGGUCUUCGAUAAGAAUGGAGAUGGCUUCAUUGAUAAGGAGGAGUUUACCUUCUGCUGGAAUCAUUGGAUUAAAGUGAUCGUGCGUCCAGUGUCAGUGUUCCUCAUAGUGGACGUUCAGAAUGACUUCAUCUCCGGAACACUCAACAUCAGCAAGUGUAACGCCCAACAAGAUGGUAGUGAGGUAGUAGAACCGAUCAACCGUCUCCUAGACACGGUGCCGUUCGACGCGAUAUUCUACUCGCUGGACUGGCACCCCCCCGACCACGUCUCCUUCAUCGAUAACGUGCAUAUGAGGGAGCUGCAUCCUUCGAGUCCGGUAUCCGCAGACAAAGCACAAGCGUACGACACGGUGGUGUUCGCGGGCCCGCCGCUCAUGAAGCAGCGCCUGUGGCCGCGCCAUUGCGUGCAGGACACCUGGGGCGCAGAACUGCAUAAAGACCUGAAGGUAAUGGAAGGCGCAGUGAAGGUGUACAAGGGCACGAACCCCGAGGUGGACUCGUACUCCGUGUUCUGGGACAACAAGAAGCUGACGGAGACCAGCCUGGGCAACCAGCUGCGGCAUCUAGGCGCUUCUGAUAUCUACAUCUGUGGCCUGGCUUAUGAUGUCUGUGUGGGAGCCACAAUAGCGGACGCCCUGGCUAUCGGGUACCGCUCCAUCCUGAUAGACGACGCGAGCCGAGGAGUAGACCUGGCAGGCAUUGAGAAGACCAAGGCCACCAUCGUCAAUAAUAAUGGAGUUAUUGUCAACACGGAUGAGGUGUUAGCAAUGGUGGAAGGCCGUGAUCGACGGCCGGAGCUCGGCUACAAACUGGCCAUGGAACUCAAAAACGCCAUGGAAGACAAGUACUCGAAAGUUAAACAACCCAGUCUUACCAAGGGGUAUUGGGUUGCCCGGGUAACUGGGUUGAGGAGGUCAGAUAGGUAGUCACUCCAUAUAGUACACAGAUACUCAGCUGCAUCUGGUUAGACUGGAAGCUGACCCCACAGUUGGGAAAAGGCUAGGCAGAUUAUGACUUCUUUUGAAAAUAUUAAAUCUACAGAUAAUGCCUAUACAUUUGACAGUCAGUGAUAUACAAACUUUAAUUUAAUAAGUAAACAAAUGCUUGUUAUUUUUUCUUCUUAGCUUACUGCAAGUCGGUAGUUUCUCUAUUUUAUUUAUUGUUUUUAUUUAAUAAUACUAAGUACAACUCUCUAACUUGUAGAAUUAAUUUUUAACUAAAUUAGAUAAAUAAUAUCACAAUGUUUUGGGUGGUUUUCAGAACUUUUGUGUUGUUUUUUUGUUUUUGCUUUUAGGUUAAUUGUAGUUUAACUAAUUUAUUAAUCACUCCGUAAUUCUUAACGAAAGGAAUUUCAUAUAACGUUUUAUAACAAUUGAUUAACUGAAAUUGUAUUUUUAAAGGCACAAAAUUGAAUCUUUGAAUUGUAACUGUAGGCAGUUGAAUGUUGCAAAAUCAAAAAUAAAAAUGUCUCAAAGAGAAAAAAUCAAAAAUGCUUAAAUACGGGUUUAUUUCAGGUUAUAAUUAUAUUUCCUGAAAACUUUCCCUAUGAGUUUUCAAAAUAUUUUUUGAAGUACCGCUAUUUAUAAAAGGUACUAUAAUGUACUUAAGUCAUAAAGUACAAAAACUAUACAAUGGAUCUUAUAAAUUCCUAAUGUGAUAUAAAUAGGUAUGUAUGUAUAUAAAAUUUAUAGAAAACUCCUAUCGGAUCGCGAUUUAUUGUUUUAAUUUAUUUAUUUAUUUAAAGUUAUACCUAAUCAUGAUGAAGGAAUAUUAGUAAUCUCAAGUUGUUCAUGACAAUAUUUAUUAUUUAUUUUAUGUAGCUUGUUCGGAAGAAAGGCCUAUUAAUUCAAUUAAUUAAUAUUGGGAAAUAUAUGAAAAUAACAAGGGGUAUUGGGUUGCCUGGGUGGGUACCUGGGUUGAGGAGGUCAGAUAGGCACUGGCUCCAUGUAAAACACUGGUACUCAGCUGCAACCGGUCCCAACAUAGUUGGGAAAAGGCUAGGCAGAUGAUGAUACGAAAAUAAUCGCUUUAAAGAACUAUUAUAGAGGCAAAUAUUAAAGCAAUUUCUUCUGAACAGCAUAUUUUAUAUUCUUGACACGUAUCAGUGUGUCCCAGUGUU